UUUUGACAAAAAUUAAGAUGCGAAAUAGAAAGGGGGGGAAAAAUGAAUAAAAUAAGUUAUUGUGAUGAGAUAAAAGGAUAGAUAAAAGAGUAAAGGAAAAUACUUAAGCAUUUCGAAAGAAUUAGUAUAAAUAGUUGAUGUUCAUGGAGGGCCGAAUUGUAAGAAUUGGGGAUAAGUUGCAAGACAUUUGGAAGCUUAGGUUGGAAUAAAGAUUGAGAAGGCAUAUAGAUUGAAGAGAGCGUAAAAAUUGAUAAUUAUAUAUAGAUGGGAAUCAUUUGUAGAUUACAAUGAGAAUAUGUCUAAGGAUUAGCUUGCAACAUUGUUUGAAACAGCAAUAAAAACAAGAGGAAAUAUGGAAUACGCAAAGCAUGAAUUUAAGAGAUUAACAGGGAUUUAAUUGUAUUCAACUAGGUAUGCUGAUUAUGUGAAAACAUGGCUUAAGCCAGGAUUGUUAGGAUUUAAGGAUUGUUAUAUAUUUUCAGUUGUAAAGUCAUUAAGAAGAUCUGAUUUUUAUUAAAAACAUACGAUGAUUUAACCAAUAACAGUAUUAUCAAUGUUAAGAAUUUUGGAUCAUGAUAUUGAAGAAUAUAAAGAUGAUUUUUUUGUGAUGGAUUUUAGGGAGAGUGCAGCAAAAUUGUAGGAGUUAUUAAAAUGUUAUGCUAGUUGUUUUUAGGAAUCUAGAGAAGAGAGAUAUAGCAAGUUUUCUAGGAUAACAACUAGACAUCAAUUUAAAAAGAUUUAUUUUUAUUUAUAAUUAAUGGAAGAGUUUAGAAGAAUAAAUAGAUUUUUCACAAAUAAUGUAAAUUAAUUAACAUUUCAUCCAAUGUUGUAUAAAAGUAUAGAUUAAAAUAAGUAAUGUCCUAUUUAUAAAUUAACAUUAUUGGAGAAUGAUUAUUCAAAAAAGUUAUAGUUAUUUAAUGAAUCAAAUAAUAAUGAGAAUGAAUAAUUUUCAGUACUUUUAAAACCUAAGAAAAAAAGGAAUUUUUAGAGAACAGAGAAUGAGGAAGAGAAGAAGAAGAAGAAAUAGAAGGAAUAAUAGAAUCCAUAUGUUUAUUAAUUAGAGGAGGAAGAUUUGGUGAAAUAGAUAAAGGUACCUAAGAAAGUGAGUGAGACAAAGAAGAAAUAUAAGGAUUAUAGAUAUUUUAGAGGACAUUUUAUUAGAGAAGGAUAAUACUAAUGUAAAGGAUUGACAACAAAAGAUUUUGAAUAUGAUGUUCCACUUGAGUAAUGA